AUGCUGCCGCCGCUGCGGAGCGCCGGGGGCUCCCACCAGUGGCUGGCCAUCGUCUUCCUCGGCCUUUGCUGGUUCCUGCCUCCCGGGAGAUUGGCCGCGCCGGGCGGAGACUUCCCGGGCUCUGCCGUGGACAAUCUGGUGGUCAGGAAAGGGGACACGGCCGUGCUGAGGUGCUACCUGGAAGACGGAGCCUCCAAGGGGGCCUGGCUGAACCGCUCCAGCAUCAUCUUCGCGGGCAGCGACAAGUGGUCGGUGGAUCCGCGCGUGUCCAUCGCCACGGCCAACCGCCGGGAGUACAGCCUGCAGAUCCAGGACGUGGAUGUGACAGACGAUGGCCCCUACACCUGCUCUGUGCAGACCCAGCACACGCCCAGGACCAUGCAGGUGCACCUCACCGUGCAAGUCUCUCCCAAGAUAUUCCGGAUCUCCAGCGACAUCGUGGUGAACGAGGGCAGCAACGUCACCCUGGUGUGCCUGGCCACGGGGAAACCAGAGCCCUCCAUCUCCUGGAGACACAUCUCCCCCUCUGCCAAGCCCUUUGAGAGUGGGCAGUACCUGGACAUCUAUGGGAUCACCAGGGACCAGGCUGGGGAGUACGAGUGCAGUGCAGAGAACGACGUCUCGGUGCCGGACGUGAAGAAAGUCAAGGUCACAGUGAACUUUGUCCCCACAAUUCAGGAACUUAAAUCCAGCGGUGUGAUGCUUGGAGGGAACGGCCUGAUCCGGUGCGAAGGUGCAGGAGUGCCUGCCCCGCUCUUUGAGUGGUACAAAGGAGAGAGGAAACUGAUCAAUGGUCAACAAGGAAUCACUAUUAAAAAUUAUAGUACAAGAUCCCUUCUUACUGUUACCAAUGUGACAGAAGAGCACUUUGGCAACUAUACUUGUGUCGCUGCCAACAAGCUAGGGACGACCAAUGCCAGCCUGCCUCUCAACCAAAUUAUUGAGCCUACUACCUCUAGUCGUGUCUCAAGCCCAGCUCCCAGCACGGCCCAGUACGGCAUCACCGGGCACGCCGAGGUGCUCUUCUCCUGCUGGUCCCUGGUGCUGACGCUCUCCUCCCUCAGCAGCAUAUUCUACCUGAAGAACAUCCUUCUGCACUAAAUGUAAAGACCCAUAAAAGGCUUUUAAGGAUUCUCUGAAAGUGCUGAUGACUGGAUCCAAUCUGGUAGAGUUUGUUAAAAGCGGCGUGGGAUAUAAUCAGUGCUUACAUGGGGAUGAUCGCCUUCUGUAGAAUUGCUCAUUAUGUAAAUACUUUAAUUCGACUCCUUUUUUUUUGAUUAGCUGCAUUACCUUGUGGAGCAGUACACAUUGUCCUUUUUUAAGACGUGAGAACUCUGAAAUUACUUUUAGAGGAUAUUAAUUGUGAUUUCAUGUUUGUAAUCGACAAGUUUUCAGAAGCAUUCAGUCAUGGUCUGCUGACUCGCAGACUGUAGUUUACAAAAAAAGGAUAUUGCAGUAAAAAUGUGCUUCUUUAAGGCUGCAAUACAAACAUUCAGUUCCCUCCUCAACUAGCAUUCUAUCCAAACUUACACAAAAAACAUUUGUUCUUUUUUGAGUAAAAAAAAAAAAAAUCGAAUAAUAUUGCCUUCAAAAUAUUUCUUCAAAAUAUUACACAUAUCUAGAUUUUCUUCUAGCAUGAUAUUCAGGUUUCAAGAAUGAGCCUUGUACUAUAACUGCGUUGCGCAGUACCGCUUUUGUUCUCUUCCCUCCUUCCUGCCAGUUCAGCAUGGUUGUGCCUUCAUGAAACACGACUUUCCUCUUCCUCUCCAACCGGUCUGGAAUGUGUUCUGGGAAAUGCUGGAGCAUCCUUUGGAGCACAGGAGGUGUCCGGGUGAGGCCAGAGGAGCCCCCAGGAAAGGCUCCUGUCCCCCUGCAGGAGCUGCUCCAGGGGCAGGGCUCAGCUCAUGGGCAGCACCAGCUCCUUCCUGUCCCUCCCUCCACCACCACUGAGCAGUAGGUGACCUCUGUAAAAACGACAUUUCCCAUUAGAAAACAGAGCUCCAACGAUUUUGUGGCACCUUUUGAAUGUGGGAAUGUUCCCCCAAAGCCAAAUUCCCACCUGGCUGUAAAUGUCAGGACCGUCCCUUUUGUAUUGCUGGCAAAGCCGACGCGAAUUGGUAUUUUUCUUGCACUCAAUUUUGUACUGGUUUGGCUGAUUUAGCAAUGAUAAAGGAUGCUUUGAACCAUGA